AUGGAAAUUAUUCUUCAAUUAAAAAAUCAAUUAGAUAAUUUAUCAAUUAUUGAAAAAAGUCUUAAUGAACAAAAUGAAAAAAUUAAUGAAAUUGAUGGAAUUGUUAAUGGAAUUGACUCAAAGUCAAAUGAAUUAUUUAUUCAAUGUAAUGAAAUUUUAAAAAAGAAAAAUAAAGAAGAAGAAAUAUUAAAGAAAGUAGAAAAAGAAAUACGAUAUUAUGAAGCGUUUGAUAGAUUAUCAUUACUUAUUAAUAAUCCAAAAACAAUAAAUUUUUAUUCAAGUCAAUUUAAAGAAUGUUAUAUUGAAAUAAAUGAAUGUAUUGAAUAUUUUUAUAAUAAAAAAAAUGAUGUAGAAUGUUAUACAUAUUUAUUAAAAUAUCAACAAUUAAAAAGUAAAAUAUUAAAUUAUUUAUCAAUCUUUAUUAAAAAACAAAUUGAUGAUUUACAUCAAGAAUGUAGUACAAUUCCAGUAUUACCAUUAAACCAAUUUACAAAAAGUGUAUUAUAUAAAUCUCAAAUAACAACAGAAUUUAAAGAAUUAAUAAAAAUAUUAGAAAUAAAAAAGGGAAUAUUAGAAUCAUCAUAUCUUGAUGAAUGUAUUAAACAUUAUCUUAAUAUCAGAAAAAAUUUAUUAAUGCCAUAUAUAUCAAAAUUAUUAAUUACACUUCAACAAAUUAAUCCAUUUAUUUGUGACGUUACAAGAGAAGCUGGUAUUUAUUUAUUUAUCAUUUUUUAUAAAGAAGGUAAAUUAUUUAGAACAUUAUUUAAUCAAGAUUGUCAAGCAUUAAAAAUUAUGUUUUCUUCACUUUUUGAUAUUUAUUCUUCAUUCAUUUCUACAUUAUGUUAUAAAUGUCAUGAUAUUGGAAUAUUGUGUAAUGCAAUUACUUAUCUUAAAGAUGAACAAAUUCUUUAUCGUUUACCUCACUCAAAAUUAAUACAAUUACCUGAAUAUUCCAUUUUUAAUUUUUGUGUUAAUGAAUUAGUUACUAAUAUCUCAGAACGUUUGGUUUAUUUAUCAUUAAAUUUAAUUAAUAACUUAAUUGCUUCAUUUCAUCCUUCAAAAAAUGAUUUAAAUUAUCCUGCUAUUUUCUCUAAUUCAAAUGUUCAAGACCUUCCUUUUAAAUUAGUUCUUUAUCCUCCAACUACAAAUACUCUUACUUUAUUAUCUAAACUUCAUUUCUCUUUAUCAAAUGAAUUGUUUAGUCAACUCGCAAAUACAGCUAUUAAUGCUUGUGUUGAUUCAAUUCUUCAUGCCAUACCUCAAAUUCCUUCAAAUAAUGAACUUGAUGGUAAAUUAUUUGCAUUAAGAAAUUUAUGUAUUUUAAGAGACCAAAUUAUUCCUUUCACUGAAGUAGAUACUUCUUUAAGAAAAGUUGAAUCAAAAGUUCAAGAACUUUGUGGUGAAAUAUGUAAUUAUUUCCUUAAAACAUUUUGUCCUUCUGGUCUUCAAGUAUUACGUGAUUUUGUUUUUGAUGAUAAGUCUCAAAAUGAAAUUAAAGUGAUUCAAUCACAAAUUAUCGAAGAGUUAGUUCAUAAUUCUAUUAAUUCUAAAGAAGAUUUAAAUAUUCUUCAUGUCUAUUUACACCAAGUUCAUUUAAAAGAAUUAUUGGAAAUACUUAAAGCAAGAAUUGUAUAUUUUGCUCACAAAUUAACUAUUUUAUUUAGAAACCAAGACUUUGAAAAAAGAUUCUUAGAAGCUGCAAAACCAAUUUUGAAUUAUUAA